GCUGUGGAAGUUGAGAAGGAGGAGAAGAGAAAAAUAAGUUUCUGCUUUAGGAAAGAGAGGAGAGAUAGAAAGGGGGUUUGGAUCUGUGAGCUUCUCAACUUCUUUUCUCCCCUCCUCUCUCUUGCACGGGCUCCUAAUUUGGGAUUUGUUUAAAGGAGGACUGCGCCUCAGGAAGACUUUUCCUUGCUGGGGAAAGGGAACCCUGCUUCCUCUCUCUCUCGCAUUAUACACAACAACACAUACGCACUUGCUUUUCAAAAAUGUCUGAUUCUGCUGUCAACGCUCACUUGGAAGGGAUCAUAUCAGACUUUGAAGCGCUGAAACGGUCGUUUGAGGUGGAGGAGACAGAUUCAUCCACAAACCCUUCGCCCCUGUCUCGUCGGAACACCAACCCCCUCCGCUCGUCCACCUCCUCUACAUCUAGCCAGCGGAGCUAUGACCUGAGCUCCCGUAGCUCUGAGUACUCCUCUUCCAGAUCCUCCCCAUCCGAGUCCUCCAAUCCACGUUCCCCAAAGACCGGCAUGAGACGCAUUGAGUUAUCAGGGGGUCGUAAUCCUGACGCAGCCUCAUCCCGCCGCACAGAAAUGUCCAUUGAGGUCUCCUCUAAGCAGGUUGACAACUCAACCAGUGCUGGCAUCGCCCGCUUUGGCCUCAAGCGACCUGAGGUCAGUCUGAGCAAUAGAAGUACUCCCCUGGACAGCUCCUCCAACUCCACCUCCACAAACAGGCGGGCAGAGCUCAGCAUUACAAGGCCCCAUGAGCCCCCCGCCCCUCCCAAGAGGAUGGAUGCCCAGCUGUCCUCGCCCCCGGUCUCAAGGAUCCCUGAGCCCCCUCAGAGAAGAGCUGAGCCCCCAUCUCCGAUCAUCAGCCCAGUUGAGGCGGCCUCCAGGCGGCCAGAGAUGCCGGUCUUCAGACAGCCGGACGAUUUGGUGCCAAGCAGUGCAGUGGAGAACAACCACCCGCCUCCUGCACCUAGUGCUCCCCUGCCCUCCCUGGCAGAGCCACGGGUGGAGAGGGUGGAGAGGGUGGAGAGGGUGCAGUCCCCUGUCACAGAGCCACCCCCGGCUCGACCAACAGAAAGGCCAGAGGUGAUUCCCAGCUACAGCAGCAGUACCAUGUCUGAGGCGGUGAUGGCUGAUGCCAUGGUGUCCCCAGCAGUGGGUGGCCCGUACGUGGAGAAGGCGGGUGGCCCCGUGGUAGACUUCAGUUACGUGGGCAUUGACGCCAUUCUGGAGCAGAUGAGGAGGAAGGCCAUGAAGCAGGGUUUUGAGCUCAACAUAAUGGUUGUGGGACAGAGUGGCCUGGGAAAGUCUACUCUGAUGAACACGCUGUUCAAGUCUAAAGUCAGCCGUAAGUCAGUGCUGGCUACAGGCCAGGAGAAGAUCCCCAAAACAAUUGAAAUUAAGUCCAUCAGUCAUGACAUCGAGGAGAAGGGAGUGAGAAUGAAGCUGACAGUCAUUGACACACCAGGCUUUGGAGACCAGAUCAAUAAUGAGAACUGCUGGCAGCCCAUCAUGAAAUUCAUUAAUGACCAGUACGAGGCGUACCUGCAGGAGGAGAUCAACAUCAACAGGAAGAAAAGGAUUCCAGACUCCAGAGUCCACUGCUGCAUAUAUUUUAUUCCCCCGACCGGACACUGUCUGCGGCCUCUUGAUGUAGAAUUCAUGAGACGUCUCAGUAAGGUGGUCAACAUUGUCCCGGUCAUUGCCAAGGCGGAUACACUCACCCUGGAGGAGAGGGACUUCUUCAAAAAGAAGAUCCGGGAAGAGCUGCGAGCCAACGGGAUUGACGUGUACCCGCAGAAAGAAUUUGACGAGGAUGCCGAGGACAGAAUGAUCAAUGAGAAGAUUAGGGAGAUGAUCCCAUUUGCUGUGGUGGGCAGCGACCAGGAGUACCAGGUCAAUGGCAGGAGGCUGCUGGGGAGGAAGACCAAGUGGGGAACCAUUGAAGUUGAGAACAUAGCCCAUUGUGAGUUUGCCUAUUUACGGGAUCUCCUCAUCAGGAGCCAUAUGCAGAACAUUAAGGACAUCACCAGCAGCAUCCACUAUGAAAUGUAUCGCGUGAGGCGCCUCAAUGAGAAUAACACGGUGGUGGCUCGCGCCAACGGUAUCCCAGAACAUCAUCUUGCCGCCCACGAGAUGUAGACUCCACCCGCCUCACUGCAGUUAACCUCAACUGGGUGUAAUUCAUUUGGACUUUGACCUCCAUUGACAGUCUUCCCACCACUCCAUCCAUCUCCAUCUCCAUCUCACAGGUGGGAUAGAAACUUAAAAGCCUGCCAGAGGGACUUUAUUUUCAAUGACUUUCUGCGGCUGAAUGGACUGUUCAUGUCAGUUUAUUGCCUCAUUAACAAACACUAUCCUCUCACUAUCGCUGACAAAGAGAGUGAAGAGAAGUUUGAUUCUUCGUAAUGUGCUGCAGCUUGAUUUUUUUUUACCUGCUUCCAGGUCUUACAGUUAACCUUUUGUGGUCAAACGAAACGGUGUCACGAUUGCCUUAACCAGUAACAUGUUCAAUAUCGUCCACUUAUACUUUUAAGUUUGAUGUUUUUUAACAGUGCUUAUAAGAAUCCAUGCCGUAACAGAAGCACAUUCUUCUGUCUUCUUUAUGCACACAGCUGUAUCAACAUGUGUGGUAGGUGAUGAUAUUCAUUAUUGCACCUCUUCACUACAUAGCCUGUCAUUGACAAUCAUCGUGGAAGGGGGCCGGCAGCGUCACUUAGCUCUCUCCCGGUAGAAGAAUGGUUAUCAAAUAGCACAUCAUAUGUUUGUAUCUUUUUUUUGUCACAAGCUGUGUUUUGCUAUAAUUCUUUGUUAAAUGUUCAUGUCACGUUAAAUAUGGAUGUCAGGUCCUCCAACGUCUUUUUUUUAAAUUCCCAGUUAUAGAUGUCAUUGUUUAUUAAUAGAAAUAUCUUAAGAGUGUUUUAAGAUGAAUAAGUAUUUAUGCACGAUAUAAAAAUGUGAACGUUUGUCAUCAGUUGUGGACCACUUAUUCAGAUUAUUCACACACAUGCGCUGACACGUACACACUCUCGCACACAUACUUUUCCUGCUUUUGGGCCCAUCGUAGUGCCUUAUUUAUUGGAGAAUGUUCGCUAGCAUUUGGCUGAAACUGGAAAGGGAGCAGGUGUGGUGGUGCCAAGUUGACGAGAUUUAGACAUUUUUCAAUAUUUUUCCCCUGUUUAUCUGUCUACCAUUGACCAGUCCACUUUUUCUUCUAUUUCUCAUAAUAUACCAAGGAUCUUUAUCUGUUUGAACCAUAUAUCAUUUCCUAAGCUGUCACUGUCAUGCUCUGUCAUGUAUAUUCUUCUUGUUCUGAUACAUUUUUUGUACUUGUAUUAUUGAUAAUAACAAAUUUUCCUUUUAUCUUAUUUUAAAGAAAUAAAGAUUAAAGUUGUAAAUAUA